GUUAUAACUCGCUUUUCAGCAGGGAGAUAACUGUCAAAAUAUAACCAUCGUUUGUUGUUUUGUUCUCGUUUCGUUGCACAAGUGCCCGCAAAUCCAGUACUAUCUAAAUGAUCCCGAGUGUAUCACCAAUGACCACUUUGGUGGCACGCCGAAGUGCCACCUCGGUAACGCUGCUCUGCCGAUCGCUCUCGUCCAAUACGGCCGCUGUCGUCAAGAUCCAUCGCAGCGUUUACGCAAGAAGGUACCCCACGAUGGUCGUCCUGCCCGAUGGGGCCACCAUCAAUGUGAACUAUCAUGAACCCCGCCGGAUCAUCAAGCUUCCAUUGGAUCUGAGUCUUCUGUCGGAAGCUGAGCGAAAGGCGCGCCUGGAGAAACGCAAACCCAAGCAGGUGAUUCAGGUGGAAGACGAAGUGGAGGACAAUUUUAACGCCAGGAAGUAUGUAAACUUUAUUAGGAAGAAAUGAAAGGGAUGGUGUUGUAAAAUAUAGUGUUUUUGCGUGGUA